AUGCCUUGUUGCUAUUUACUGCCGUUUGUUCCCAGUGUCUAUAUUCUACUUCUUAGCUAUUAUCAACUUGUUACUACUCAACAGCAUUUCGAACAACAUGCACUGCCUACAGAUCAUAUUGUGGUACAUUCAUCCAGUUCCAAUGUUUCUAUCACCGAUUGGGUAGUUGUCAUCUCAGAUGAAUCAAAAGUUGAAUUCCAAGAACAGUUUCUGCAUGGAAAAGUAUGGUCACGCAAUUCAAGAUUAGACUUUCAACCGCAUGGACAAACUGAAAAAUUUUCCGGUUAUAACAAUGUUCUUUCCAUUUUUGAGCUCUCACAAAUAUUGCUGAGGGCAAAUCGAAGCACUGACGGUCACUCCUAUAUGGAGUAUAGAGCUGAUAAGAAGGUCAACUUAAUUUUUUCCAAUGGUAUUACUGAAGUAAAUGCAAUUAAUGGCCAGUGGGCUCACGUUUCGGCUGUUACUUGGCAGUUACCUGUGGCUGGUCAAAUCACUAUCGGUUCCAAUAUUUUAAAUGGUCUUAAUCGUCAACUUCAUAUUGUUUCAGUCAGCAGUAACUACAAUAUUAACAUGACUAUUUUCAAUGCACAGAUGAAAAUGCGAUAUGGAAAUAUUACCGUACAAAUAACACCAGACUAUCGUUUUCUAAGGAUAAGGUCAGGAUUAUACAUGGUUAAUUUGAAAACUAUUGUAUCACCUUUUGAAAUAUUGGUUUCUGACCACGAGAUGAUUGUGCAAUGCGAGAAUGAACGAGCAAUUGUACAAAUGCUCCCUAAUUCGUCAAAUAUCAUCAUUAGUACUGAUCAGUAUUCCAGAGUGGUCAUUGACCGUGGAAGAGAAGCGGUCGUCGUUGGAGGUCGAGAAAUACGUCCUGCUGGCAAUGUAAAUCUUUUAUCAAUGCAGCUGAGAAUUUUAUUGAAAUCUGGCAAUACUAGCUCCAUUCAUGCAUCUACAAAUCGUUCACAAAUUACAGUGCAAACUACUUCAACAAAUAUGGCUUCAACAGCUUCGCAUCAUGCGGUGGAUAUUACUGGUGGAAAAAUAAACUUACAAGUUUUCACCGGCAAUGUUUCAGUGGAUGUCGUUGCAAACAAUCAUUUAGAAUCAUUGCCAACAAUGUUAACUCCAUUUCUGACUCCUCAGGACCAUUUUCAGGAUACCACGUUGAAUAAUUUUGAUCAUAAUUUCCCCACAGAUGAACGAGAUAAUAGCAGUAAUAAAACAAUAUUGGCUACACAAAUACCAUUUAUUAUGGCUAAUGUAAGUAGUGAUUUCCAAACUGGAGUUGCUGCAACAACCGAUCGUCAUAUUUACGAAAGUAUUCCUGAAUCAGCUUUUAUGACCCCUUUGCUUCCUCAAUUGACACUUAUAUUUCCUGAAUCAUCAUCAACCAUUUUGACUAGGAGUAAAACUUCAACGUCCUCAAGUUCUACUGAAAGUACAGCUCUGUCGUAUUCUGAAAACACUUCGCUCACAAGUUUUAUUGCUGAGGCUACAGAAACAGAACGAAUUGGUACUUCGACAAAUGUGCCUAGUUGGCCAAAAGUUGUAGAAACAACAAUGACAUCAAUUAUUUCACUAGAUACGUCAACAGUCGCUUCUUCAGGAACAUUAUCCACAUUAAGGACUAUAUCUUCUAGCUCUUCAUUCACCUUAACAGCUAUGCUUUCGAGUUUACUAUCCAAUUCACUAGUGACUAUACUCCCAACCAUUCCGCUUAUUCCAAUUAAAACACUAAUCACCAACCGCACAGCUGAAGUCAUUAUUAGCAGUAUGCCGGUGCCGAUCACUUCUCACAUCCCACAAUCAGUUAUUAACGCUUCAACAGCAAGUAAUCCUGGUGAUGUCACUGAGAUUGUGGUUUCCGAAAAAGAAUAUCCCAAUGAUGAGAAUCGCGAUUAUGUUCAAACUGAGUUUAUCGAAUUUAGUUGGGGCAAUGUUGCAGGAAACAGUGUACCUAUUACAAUGCCUACUACCAUGAUUGCCACCACAACGCAUACAGAUGCAUUAAGUCUUACGCCACAAAAAAUGGGAACAACUACUAAGUGUAUCGAGAGAGAACCAUCAGAAUUGCAGAACACUCCAUUUUUUACCAAAGAACCAACGGUAAUGAAUACGUCAGAAAAACCGAUCGUUGUGAAAACAAAUCGUUCAAUUGGCUCAGCAUGGACUCCGUUUGUUUCUCUACCAUUUGAAUUUCCACCAACUGCUCAUUAUCCGUCUACCGUUUCAUUUCGGAAGGGCAAUUUUAUUCUACAAGAUAGCGAAGCAAAGAGUGAAAUAACUUUUGACGCAAAUGAAAUUUCAAAACAUAAGGAAUGGAAUAAAAGUGCUUUGGAAGUUCCUUCUAUCCCCAUGAUCACCUUUUUGAAAGAAAUUUUCGAUAAAAUAAUCCAACAUGACUCCGCAACAAAAAAAGAAAGUCAAAAUGGUCAUGAAAAUCCGGAGACUGAAUUCGAACAACAGCAAAAUUUCUUUUCCACUAGUAAAUUCAAACGUGCACUAUCUAGCUUUGAAAAUGAAGAACGUUACGAACUUCAGUUGAAAAUUCCGCUUGGUAUCAAUUUAACAGCAGUGGAACUGCAUCAUAAGUUAUUGCUAGCAUUGAAAAAAUUUGUGCUUUUCACUGAUUUGAAUGAAGGACGCUUACCGAUCAGUGAAGAUGCAGUACAGAUUAAGAUAACAAAUAUGGAGCGAAACGGUGAGCACCUGAAAGUGCUGUACUCAAUAUCUAUAAACGCAAAGUAA